AUGACACCUGUGCUUUACACUAUUCUUAUUCUUAUUCUUCGCGUUGUGUUGUGCUCAUUACUACUGGAGGUGGCGGCCGCAGAUUCACGACGGCUUCUCACGAUUGGACUGGUCGCUGAUAAUCACUACGACACAUUUCCCGCCGGUGAAAAGGCCCCAUGGGAGAGUAUGCACCACUGGUUGAUUGAACAGAGAAAGCGGACGACUACAACUAAACUGCGACGCUACGAUGUUGCGAAGGAUAAGAUGGAUGAGGCUGUGGGACUAUUUAAUAGUAUUCCAGACAUGAAUGUAGUGGUGAAUCUUGGGGAUCUCGUUAAUAAUGAUAUGAUGUGGAAUUUAAAACCUAUACUAGAUAGUUUUCAUCGUACAAAAGUACCACAUUAUAGUAUUUUAGGUAAUCACGAUCUUCGUGGUCAUAAUGAUCGUUUUGGUAAAAUAAAUAAAACACAGGAAAAGUGGGUAAUGAAUAAAUUAGGACUUCAUCGUUGGUAUUAUACGAUUGAUCAUCCACCAUUUCGUUUUAUUUUUAUGGAUUCCAUGACGAAUGAUCCAGAAAAUACAAAUAUAACGACAAAGGAAGAACAAACAAAAUGGCUAAAAGAGGAAUUAGAUAAAGCUAAAUCUGAUGGACGUGUAACAAUUCUUUUUGCUCAUAUCCCUAUAGGAUUUAAAACGAACCGUUUAGGUCCACUUUUAUUACAAUAUGAUCAAAUGCCAUUAGUUUUUUCUGGUCAUAAUCAUAAGGGAGAUUAUGUGAUACAAGGACCACAUCGUGUGCAUUGUGUUACUUUAGCUGGUCAAAUUGAAACUUUAUCUAAUGCCUAUGCUGUAGUAGAAAUAUUUGAGGAUCGCGCAGAAUUAACAGGUUUCGGUCGUGUACCUUCACGUAUUAUGUAUUUUCAACCAAAUGUAGUAGAUAUACUUCGUAAAUACAAAGGGGAGUUAAAACAUGAUUUGAGUGCGCAAGGUUGUCAACCACCUCCUCCGGAUAAGUUAUGGGCCAAUGAAGUUCUCCAAAAACCACCUGAUCUACAAUUAAAUAUUCCCUAUUAUAGAAAACCAAAUCUUCCUCCUGCUAAUGCAAAUUCCCCACCACAAACCAGGUUUUUCAUCGAAAUAUUGCCUAAAUUAAAUAGAGGAACGGGAGGUAUUAGAGGUCCAGAAGAAACAGUAGAUCUUACUUCAGCAACAGAUAAAAGAACAUGGUUAAUAAAUGGUACAAGAAUUGUUAAUGACACAGAACCAUUAAGGAAUAAUAUUAGUUCUAUUUCUGCUUCUGUCCAUAAUGUUGGUGUUGUUGAUGGUAGCGGUGUUGUUGUUGUUGACGGUAGUGAUGGUGGUAACGAUGAAAGUAUCACAAAGAUUAUUCAGAAGGAAACUAUUACUGAUACUGAUUUGGACCAAGAAAUGGAACUAUUUUUAAAGCUUGUCCUUUGUACACCUAUUGUGGCUUUGUUUCUUUUAUUGCUAUGUACAUUAAGUAAAGGACGCCGUUUAAAAAGACGUUAG